GAAAAUUUUCUUUUUUUUGGAAAUUAUUAACAUGCGGCUCAUUUAGUCGACGAUUUUUUCCCAAACUUCAGCGUGGUGCACUUGUCGGAUUUUCCGUUGUUCUUGAAAUCAGGUGAGCGUGUAUAAAAACAUUUUGCUUAAUUUUAUUUGCAAUUUUAUUUAAGAAAAUGAGUGUGUCAGUCGAAAUUGCGGAAAUGUCUGAUAGCGACGAUGAAUUCUCACCUGAAAAUGUGCAGGCACUCAUUGCCGAGGCACAAGAAACGAUUAGAUCAGUGAGAAAUUCAUUGCGUGGAAGGGAGCCAUCAAUUGAAUAUCCUCCGGCGGAUGUGCCGGCUGCGGUAGUUUUGGAGGAAGUAGAUGAGAUAGAGCCAGUGAGGCAGGAACAGGAUGCGAUUGCCGUUGAAGAAUUAGUCCCAUGUGAUCAGAGUAGCCGUGCAGAAAACUCUUCUGAACCUACCGGGGCCUCAGCAAAUCAUUCAGACUCCUCUGCCAAUGUUCCUUUGGAACCCACAAACAUGAAUUCUAGACAAGUUGAUGAUGAAGUUAUUCUAAUUAGUGAAACGCUCAAUCCCAAUCCACUUGUAAUUGAUCUCUGCUCACCGGAUGUGCACAAUAUUGAUCUACGACCAUGUCGUGCCAGAGCAGCUACACCACAAAUGCCACCAUGUCGAAAGAAUCAGCGGAAGCGCAAAAGUGAUGAGAUUGUCGAAGUUGUCACCACGGGCGAUCCUCCACCAAGCAAGGCACCAGCAACAUCCCAACCGAGUGGCAUUCCUCCAUGCGUGAUCUGCUUUGAGGACAUGAUCAACAGACGCCCCCAUUCGACAAUCUGUGGGCACGUUUUCUGCCAAAAAUGCAUCAUGACAGCCAUCCAAUCAACCAAGAAGUGCCCUGUGUGCCGCAAAGGACUAACCCAGAAGUCCAUUCAUCCUCUUUUCAUGUUUUAAACGUCGAACCAUCUCUCCAUGUGUAUUAAGAAUCUUUUGUAAAACGCUCGAAUGCGUAAUCUGACUGAAAUAAAAUAUACCUCUUAUGUUUUCUAA